AUACCUUCUGUUACAGAUCCCCACAGCAGACUUACACUACAGAAAACCAUAAGUUACUGAAUACACAAAAUACUCGCUAAGGGCUUAGAAACCUAUUUGAGUUAUUCAGACUGCCAGUUGUGUAGUGGAAAAGUCUGUCGCAUGGCAUUUGUGGUUACUGUGCUGUAAAUACAUAUUCCCCAUGACAAACUUGCGUGCCAUCUCCUUCCACGCUCACAAAUCAUAGGGGACAUACUGUAUAUGGCGUUCAUAUUAGGCACACGUACUACCCUUUGGUGCGUUUGUUGUCCGCGACAAUGCAGACCUUAUUUUUCGCGACACCGCAUACCGCAUUCCGGCGCUCCGUUUUUAGACAAUACAAUUAUUUUGACAGGCCACGUAACUUUCGAGACGUCCGGGAUCAAAGGAGAGGAUAGCGGGGAUGGCUGGCGAAGUGGAAUUGUUUAAGAAGUCGGGCGCCCUCUGCUGGGUACCGGCGGUAUAUUCGGCUGGCUGGGAUCACGUGUGUCUGACAGCAAGAGAAGCAGCAACAGCAGCAAACAGAGCUGUGUAGCAGCGAGCCUCUUCGCCGCACUGACAGCCUGGAAUUACACUUACAGUACCGUUUUAUACGGAGGAUCACAGUCAUGGCGGGGCUGAACUGAGGGAGAAAAAAUUGCUGCCCACCCCGUUCCUUCUAACCAUCUUUUGUCCGGCUGCUCCUCUUCUGCCCUGUGCGAUUUUGCUUCUCCGCAGAGAAAGGACAGUGUUGAAAGACUGGGCACAAAAGAAGGAAAAAAAAGGCAUAGUAAUUUAAAACAGAAUGGCGGAUCGAGAUACACUGCCCCUUCCUCUUGAGGUGAGAGCCAGAUUAGCUGAGCUGGAGCUGGAGUUAUCUGAAGGUGACAUCACACAGAAAGGCUAUGAAAAGAAGAGAUCAAAAUUAAUUGGGGCCUACCUCCCACAGCCAGCAGGAGUGGAGCCAUCAAUGCCCCAAGAACGCAGAACUCCAGUCACCCCCUCUUCCUCCCGAUUCCAUCGGCGUCGGUCAUCCGGCUCCCGGGAUGAACGGUACAGAUCAGAUGUACACACUGAGGCUGUCCAGGCAGCACUGGCCAAACAUAAGGAAAGGAAGAUGGCAGUGCCCAUGCCCUCCAAGCGCCGCUCACUGGUCGUACAAACCUCGAUGGAUGCCUACACUCCCCCAGGUGAGGAACAUAUACCCCACCAAGACACCUCCUCCGGGUCAGAGGAAGAGGGCUCGGUGCAAGGGGACUCCCAGGGGACGCCCACUUCCAGCCAGGGAAGCAUUAACAUGGAGCACUGGAUUAACCGUGCCAUCCACGGCUCCACCACUUCCUCCACCACUUCCUCUUCCUCCACUCAGAGUGGGGGCAGCGGGGCCGCCAACCGCCUCGCUGACGUCAUGGCCCAGACGCACAUCGGUAAGUCAGGACCAAUUGCUCACCUUUCACUGAAGAGAAAAACAAUGCCUGGCCCAGUUGAAAAUGGAAAUUCAUUGCGGCGGUCCUGUGAAUUUGGAUCAGAACUCACCUGGCCACCCUUGGAAUCAGAGGAAAACCACUCCGCACCUCCAGAUGUUACCACUUACACCUCAGAACACUCAAUACAGGUGGAGCGACCGCAGGGCUCAACAUCUAGAGUGGCUCCCAAAUAUGGCAAUGCUGAACUCAUGGAGACAGGAGAUGGAGUGCCAGUCAGCAGCAGAGUGUCUGCUAAGAUCCAGCAGCUGGUUAACACCCUGAAGAGGCCCAAACGACCCCCAUUAAGAGAGUUCUUCGUUGACGAUUUUGAAGAACUUCUGGAAGUUCAACAGCCGGAUCCAAACCAGCCCAAGCCAGAGGGAGCUCAGAUGCUGCCAAUGCGAGGGGAGCAGCUAGGGGUCGUGACCAACUGGCCCCCAUCUCUAGAGGCCGCCCUGCAGCGAUGGGGGACCAUCUCCCCAAAAGCCCCAUGCUUGACCACCAUGGACACUAAUGGAAAACCACUAUAUAUUCUAACUUAUGGAAAACUGUGGACCAGGAGUAUGAAAGUGGCCUAUAAUAUUCUGCACAAACUGGGAACAAAGCAGGAGCCGAUGGUCAGACCAGGAGACAGGGUGGCUCUUGUCUUCCCCAACAACGAUCCUGCUGCAUUCAUGGUUGCGUUUUAUGGCUGCCUGUUGGCUGAAGUUGUUCCUGUGCCCAUUGAAGUGCCACUAACCAGAAAGGCCCAGGAUGCAGGAAGUCAGCAGAUCGGUUUUCUGUUAGGAAGCUGUGGAGUCACAGUAGCCUUGACUAGUGAUGCCUGCCAUAAAGGACUGCCGAAAAGCCCAACAGGAGAGAUACCACAAUUCAAAGGGUGGCCAAAGCUGCUGUGGUUUGUUACAGAGUCUAAACAUUUGUCCAAACCUCCUCGAGAUUGGUUCCCACAUAUCAAGGAUGCAAAUAAUGACACUGCCUACAUUGAGUACAAGACCUGCAAGGAUGGGAGUGUGCUGGGAGUGACUGUGACAAGGAUUGCUUUGCUCACCCAUUGUCAGGCCCUCACUCAAGCCUGUGGAUAUACAGAAGCUGAGACCAUUGUGAAUGUAUUAGACUUUAAGAAGGAUGUUGGCCUGUGGCAUGGCAUUCUCACAAGUGUCAUGAACAUGAUGCAUGUUAUCAGUAUCCCCUAUUCCCUAAUGAAGGUGAACCCUCUUUCCUGGAUACAGAAAGUUUGUCAAUACAAAGCAAAAGUAGCAUGUGUGAAGUCGAGAGAUAUGCACUGGGCCUUGGUGGCACAUCGAGACCAACGAGACAUCAACCUCAGCUCCUUGCGCAUGUUAAUUGUGGCUGAUGGAUCCAACCCCUGGUCUAUAUCUUCCUGCGAUGCAUUCCUCAAUGUCUUCCAGAGCAAGGGACUGCGUGCAGAGGUCAUCUGUCCUUGUGCCAGCUCUCCGGAGGCUCUCACAGUUGCCAUUCGAAGGCCAACAGAUGACACCAAUCAGCCCCCUGGUAGAGGAGUUCUUUCCAUGCAGGGCUUGAGCCAUGGGGUGAUCCGAGUGGAUUCUGAAGAAAAGCUGUCAGUUCUGACGGUGCAGGAUGUGGGCACAGUCAUGCCAGGAGCUCUCAUGUGUGUUGUGAAGCCAGAUGGGGUCCCACAGUUAUGCAGAACAGAUGAAAUUGGAGAGCUGUGUGUGUGCUCUAUAGCCACAGGUACCUCUUACUAUGGCCUCUCAGGCAUGACCAAGAAUACCUUUGAGGUAUUCCCAAUGACUAGCUCUGGGGGCCCCAUUAGUGAAUACCCUUUCACCAGGACUGGCUUGCUGGGGUUUGUAGGCCCGGGAGGGCUGGUCUUCAUUGCUGGCAAAAUGGAUGGGCUGAUGGUAGUUAGUGGACGGAGACACAAUGCUGACGACAUUGUAGCCACAGCCCUGGCAGUCGAGCCCAUGAAGUUUGUGUACAGAGGCAGGAUAGCUGUAUUUUCCAUCACUGUCCUUCACGAUGAGCGGAUAGUUAUCGUUGCUGAGCAGAGACCAGACUCCACAGAGGAGGACAGUUUCCAGUGGAUGAGUCGAGUGCUGCAGGCAAUAGACAGCAUACACCAAGUGGGAAUAUACUGCUUGGCCCUAGUUCCCGCCAACACCCUCCCCAAAACUCCGCUGGGAGGGAUCCAUCUAUCAGAAACCAAGCAGCUCUUCCUGGAAGGCUCUUUGCAUCCUUGCAAUGUGUUGAUGUGUCCACACACCUGUGUAACAAAUCUGCCCAAGCCAAGACAAAAGCAACCAGAAAUCGGUCCUGCCUCUGUGAUGGUGGGGAACCUGGUAUCUGGGAAGAGAAUAGCGCAGGCCAGCGGCAGAGAUCUGGGCCAGAUCGAAGACAAUGAUCAGGCAAGAAAGUUCCUCUUCCUCUCUGAGGUCCUACAGUGGAGAGCACAGACCACUCCUGAUCACGUUUUGUACACACUGCUCAACUCACGGGGAACAAUAUCCAGCUCCUUGACCUGCCUUCAGCUCCACAAGCGAGCAGAGAAGAUUGCAGCCAUGUUGGCAGAACGGGGUCACUUGCAGGAUGGAGAUCACGUUGCUCUGGUCUAUCCCCCAGGAAUAGACCUGAUCGCAGCGUUUUAUGGAUGUCUGUAUGCAGGCUGUGUGCCAAUAACAGUGCGACCUCCGCAUCCUCAGAACAUAGCCACUACCCUGCCCACUGUAAAGAUGAUUGUGGAGGUCAGCAGGUCAGCCUGUAUCAUGACAACGCAGGUGAUAUGUAAACUGCUGAGGUCAAGAGAAGCAUCAGCUGCAGUUGACGUCAGGACGUGGCCCCCAGUGUUGGACACAGAUGAUUUGCCAAAGAAAAGGCCUCCUCAGCUCUAUAAACCCUCCAAUCCGGACGCCUUGGCCUACCUGGAUUUCAGCGUGUCCACAACAGGAAUGCUUGCGGGAGUCAAGAUGUCUCACACAGCCACCAGUGCCUUCUGCCGUUCAAUCAAGCUACAGUGUGAACUUUACCCCUCUCGAGAGGUCGCUAUCUGUCUAGACCCUUACUGUGGCCUGGGCUUUGUUCUGUGGUGUCUCUGCAGUGUGUAUUCAGGGCACCAGUCCAUCCUCAUCCCUCCCUCAGAGCUGGAGACAAACCCAGCACUGUGGCUUCUUGCAGUCAGUCAGUACAAAGUGCGGGACACAUUCUGUUCAUAUUCUGUGAUGGAGCUGUGUACCAAGGGACUGGGCCUUCAAACAGAAUCCCUCAAGUCUCGAGGGCUCGACCUGUCUCGCGUGCGGACGUGUGUGGUGGUGGCAGAGGAGAGACCAAGGAUCUCGCUCACCCAGUCCUUCUCUAAGCUCUUCAAGGACUUGGGCCUCCACCCUCGGGCAGUCAGCACCUCCUUCGGCUGCAGAGUCAACCUGGCCAUCUGCUUACAGCCUCACAGGCUGGGGAAGCUGGCCGAGCAGGGUACUUCAGGACCAGACCCAACUACUGUGUAUGUGGAUAUGAGAGCUCUGAGGCAUGACAGGGUUCGCUUGGUAGAAAGGGGGUCACCUCACAGUUUGCCUCUCAUGGAAUCAGGAAAGAUUCUACCUGGCGUUCGCAUCAUCAUUGCCAAUCCUGAAACCAAGGGGCCCCUGGGAGACUCGCAUCUAGGAGAGAUCUGGGUUCACAGUGGCCACAACGCCAGUGGGUACUUUACCAUCUAUGGUGACGAAUCCCUGCAGUCUGAUCACUUCAACUCUCGCCUAAGCUUUGGAGACACACAGACAAUCUGGGCUCGGACUGGUUAUUUGGGCUUCUUGAGGAGGACAGAGCUCACAGAUGCAAGUGGAGAGAGGCACGAUGCCCUUUAUGUUGUUGGUGCACUAGAUGAAGCCAUGGAGCUCAGAGGGAUGAGAUACCAUCCAAUUGACAUUGAGACUUCUGUAAUAAGGACCCACAAGAGCAUCACAGAAUGUGCGGUAUUCACCUGGACAAACCUGCUGGUCGUGGUCGUGGAGUUAGACGGAUCAGAGCAAGAAGCCCUGGACCUUGUUCCUUUGGUCACCAAUGUCGUCUUAGAGGAACAUUACCUUAUCGUGGGCGUUGUGGUAGUGGUGGACAUUGGCGUCAUCCCAAUUAACUCUCGUGGCGAGAAACAGCGUAUGCACCUCCGGGAUGGAUUCCUGGCAGACCAGCUAGAUCCUAUUUAUGUGGCCUACAACAUGUAGCCUGCUGCCUCAAGGCCUUGAUGGAUUGAUGGAUUGUACUAUAUGUACAUAACACAAAAACAAGUUGUGGUGUUCACUACGGUCAUGCAGAACAAAAAGGAAGGAUGACUGCAGCGACUAGAGAAGCUGAACAGGUUGUGCAAUGACAGGUCGAAGAAGCACUCCUAAUUGGCAAGAACAAUGUGUUAGGUUUUCUCGGAUGAGUUUCCAAAACAAGGACAACAGAAACUUCAGUUUUAUUUUUGUUUGGGGGGUGGGGGGGGGGAGGGGAAGAGGAGAAAGACCCCUAUUAUAGAACACGUUUCUUGCUCAUUUGGAUAAUAUUGCUUUUUAAGUAAGUGUGGCUCUAUAUUUUGUUAUGUUAUGUAUGCUGAAGUUGCUCAUUUUUUUUUAA